GUGGGCUCGAGGCACAGAGUGCGCUCAAAAGGGCACGGAGGGGGCGCUCGGGCCGUGGUGCGCUGAGGCCGAGAGGCGGGCCCUCCACGCUGGCACCACCCAGACUCAGGUCAGGGCUGCGUGCCUGGAGCUCGUCGGACAGCCCGGAGUGGCGGUCGCGUGCGACCAGACGGGGCGGUGCGAGCAGCUGUUCGACAGGGUGUACACCACCGCGGCGGCAAGCGCCCGCGGCCAGAGUCCAGAGCGCUUCGAGAGAACCGGGCGGUUGCGGAAGUGGCCACGGGACGGCUGCACGAGAGCAGGCAGGUGGCUGGCGAGACGCGCGCGGGAGAGCGUGCGGAGCGGCCACGUCCACCCGGAGUGCUGCACGGGGCGGAG